GAAAAUGAACUUAGAGAUGUUAAAAAACAGGAUGCUAUCUACAGAUGCCAAAAUUGUCUUGCUCCGAAGGAUCAACUGACUGAUACCACCUUUGAAAGAAUAUAUUCUGCAUGUUUUCAUCAUAUCACCAAAGAGCAUUUUAUUGAAUUACAGGCAUUAAUAAGUCAAGGUGCAACUAAAUUAGAGAUUAAAGACUUUACAAAACAUAAUGAUCAUCAUUUACAGACUCCUCAAGAUGUCUAUCAUGCGGUUGCUAGCAAGAUUCAACGAUUAUUAGAAUGUACUCUUAACUUAUUAAAUGAAAAUGGAAAGAAUCAAUUUUUAAAAUACUGGCAAUAUUUUGAAAAGCUCUUUAUUAGGCAUUGUAUGCCUAACUCUAUUACUCACCUUAAAAGUUUCAUGUUUUCAAAUGCAUUACAAUUGUUUUUGGUAAUGCCAUUUAUUUUAAGAUGUUUUCUAACACCAGAAUGUAUUAUUUUAAAUGAGCUUACAGCUUUAUGUGAUCGAUUGUCAUCAUCAUCUAAUGAUCGAAGACGAUCUACCAAACAACUGACCCAAAAUGACCUGAAUCAUCUUCAAGAUCAACAUCUUCAACCACUUCUUAUGAGAUGGUAUAUAACUGAAGAUUUAUAUCCUAAAAAUAUAACUGAAGAAGAGACAGGUAUAAUUUCAGAAGACUCUAGAAUUAUCAACAUUCGGGUUCAACAACGGUUAACUAAUAGUGAAAUUCAAUCAUCACAAUUAACAAGUCACUUUGAUAAUAAUACUGCUUUAAAGAAUAGUCUUUUUGCAGCAUAUAAUGAAUAUAUAGGACAAUGUAGAUAUAUAAAAACACAGUUUAUAAAACUUUACCG